AUGAUAUUACACAGUCCAGAGGUGUUAUUACACAGUCCAGAGGUGUUAUUACACAGUCCAGAGGUGUUAUUACACAGUCCAGAGGUGUUAUUACACAGUCCAGAGGUGUUAUUACACAGUCCAGAGGUGUUACUACAUGAUAUUACACAGUCCAGAGGUGUUAUUACACAGUCCAGAGGUGUUAUUACACAGUCCAGAGGUGUUAUUACAUGUUAUAACACAGUCCAGAGGUGUUAUAACACAGUCCAGAGGUGUUAUUACACAGUCCAGAGGUGUUAUUACAGUCCAGAGGUGUUAUUACACAGUCCAGAGGUGUUAUUACACAGUCCAGAGGUGUUAUUACACAGUCCAGAGGUGUUAUUACACAGUCCAGAGGUGUUAUUACAGUCCAGGGGUGUUAUUACACAGUCCAGAGGUGUUAUUACACAGUCCAGAGGUGUUAUUACACAGUCCAGAGGUGUUAUUACAGUCCAGAGGUGUUAUUACACAGUCCAGAGGUGUUAUUACACAGUCCAGAGGUGUUAUUACACAGUCCAGAGGUGUUAUUACACAGUCCAGAGGUGUUAUUACAGUCCAGAGGUGUUAUUACAGUCCAGAGGUGUUAUUACACAGUCCAGAGGUGUUAUUACAGUCCAGAGGUGUUAUUACACAGUCCAGAGGUGUUAUUACACAGUCCAGAGGUGUUAUUACAGUCCAGAGGUGUUAUUACACAGUCCAGAGGUGUUAUUACAGUCCAGAGGUGUUAUUACACAGUCCAGAGGUGUUAUUACAGUCCAGGGGUGUUAUUACACAGUCCAGAGGUGUUAUUACAGUCCAGAGGUGUUAUUACACAGUCCAGAGGUGUUAUUACACAGUCCAGAGGUGUUAUUACACAGUCCAGAGGUGUUAUUACACAGUCCAGAGGUGUUAUUACAGUCCAGGGGUGUUAUUACACAGUCCAGAGGUGUUAUUACACAGUCCAGAGGUGUUAUUACAGUCCAGAGGUGUUAUUACACAGUCCAGAGGUGUUAUUACACAGUCCAGAGGUGUUAUUACACAGUCCAGAGGUGUUAUUACAGUCCAGAGGUGUUAUUACACAGUCCAGAGGUGUUAUUACACAGUCCAGAGGUGUUAUUACACAGUCCAGAGGUGUUAUUACACAGUCCAGAGGUGUUAUUACAGUCCAGAGGUGUUAUUACAGUCCAGAGGUGUUAUUACAGUCCAGAGGUGUUAUUACAGUCCAGAGGUGUUAUUACAGUCCAGAGGUGUUAUUACACAGUCCAGAGGUGUUAUUACACAGUCCAGAGGUGUUAUUACACAGUCCAGAGGUGUUAUUACACAGUCCAGAGGUGUUAUUACAGUCCAGAGGUGUUAUUACAGUCCAGAGGUGUUAUUACAGUCCAGAGGUGUUAUUACAGUCCAGAGGUGUUAUUACAGUCCAGAGGUGUUAUUACAGUCCAGAGGUGUUAUUACAGUCCAGAGGUGUUAUUACAGUCCAGAGGUGUUAUUACACAGUCCAGAGGUGUUAUUACACAGUCCAGAAGAUACAAGGUGAUUAUUUUAUUACAUUAUUUUAUGUUUUUUUAUUAGAGCGUGAAGGCUGUAAUUGUUGACAGUAUUGUUCAAAACUUUUCAUUCACACUGUUCAACUUUAUUUUAAUUCACACACUUCCUGUUCUCAAAUAUCUAGAUGUAAAAACAGAUAUGUUUUGUCAUGUCUAUCUAGUAUUUAAUCUCUUGGCUUUCGGAGGCAGAGAUCCAUGGAUUCAUAAUCAGUUAGUUUUACAAUGACGUUCUGUUGUGUUGCACUAGUUUUACCUUGUUAACUUUGCUGUUUGAAAGUCUUGUUGCCAUGACACCAGUAUUACUGUCCUGUGUCCUACCUGUCCUGUGUCCUACCUGUCCUGUGUCCUACCUGUCCUGUGUCCUACCUGUCCUGUGUCCUACCUGUCCUGUGUCCUACUGUACCUGUCCUGUGUCCUACCUGUACCUGUCCUGUUUCCUACCUGUCCUGUGUCCUACUGUACCUGUCCUGUGUCCUACCUGUAGUCACACCAGUAUUACUGUCCUGGGUCCUACCUGUCCUGUGUCCUACCGUACCUGUCCUGUUUCCU